GGUGGCGCGCGCGGCAGGUGGAAAGGGGGCGGAGCCACAGGAGGGCUGAUUCUAAGAUGGCGGUCGCCGCUGAGACAGGGAAAGGCGAUAGCAUGAGCUGAAGCCGCCUCGCCGCCUGUUUGGCUGGAAAGGGUUAAGGCCUCCGAGGCUGAGUGGCUCGGCGAUGGAGAGCGGCGAGCUGAGCAGCAUGGAGACCAUGGAGACCCUGACGGAGCUCGGGGACGAGCUGACGCUGGGCGAUAUCGACGAGAUGCUACAGUUUGUCAGCAACCAGGUUGGAGAUUUUCCAGAACUGUUUUCUGAACAGUUAUGUGGCACCUUCCAGAGCAACAGCACAUGUAAUGGCGGUGGAACAUCUGAUUCCUCAUCACAGAGGUCCUAUAGCCAGGGACAGCUACAGUCCUUCUCACCUAAUGCAGCUUCUCCACAGCUUCCAGCUAUUCAAAUGAAAGCAUCCCAGACGGCUGCCACACCACCAGCUCCACAACGGACUGCUCCUCCUCUCCAACCUCGUCCCCAGGUUCAGCCUCAGCUCCAGCAACAAACAGUGAUGAUUACUCCAACUUUUAGCUCUGCUCCUCAGACCCGAAUCAUUCAGCAGCCUGUAAUAUACCAAAAUGCAGCCACAAGUUUCCAAGUGCUGCAGCCACAGGUUCAGAGCCUGGUAGCUUCUUCUCAAGUUCAGCCAGUUACCAUCCAGCAGCAAGUGCAGGCCAUGCAGGCUCAGAGAGUAUUGACACAGGCAGCCAAUGGCACCAUCCAGACACUGACGCCAGCCACGGUCCAGGCAGUAGCUGCCCCUCAAGUCCAGCAAGUUCCAGUCCUUGUCCAGCCACAGAUAAUCAAGACAGAUUCUCUGGUCUUAACAACAUUGAAAGCUGAUGGUAGUCCUGUAAUGGCUGCUGUUCAAAAUCCAGCCCUCACAGCUCUGACCACGCCUAUUCAGACAACAGCCCUGCAGACUUUAGUUGGUGGCAAUGGGACCAUCUUGACCACAAUGCCUAUGAUGAUGGGAGGGCAAGAGAAGAUGCCCAUCAAACAGGUGCCUGGUGCUACCAAGCAGCCAGAACCACCAAAGGAAGGAGAGAGACGAACCACUCAUAAUAUCAUUGAAAAGAGAUACCGAUCCUCUAUAAAUGACAAGAUUAUAGAACUAAAGGAUCUCGUAAUGGGAACUGAUGCUAAAAUGCACAAGUCUGGUGUACUGAGGAAGGCCAUUGAUUACAUUAAGUAUCUACAGCAGGUUAACCAUAAGCUGCGGCAAGAAAACAUGGUCUUGAAGCUGGCUAACCAGAAAAACAAGCUCUUGAAGGGUUUUGACCUAAGCAGUCUAGUGGACAAUGAUGUGGAUCUGAAGAUGGAUGACCUCAACCAAAAUGCUCUGUUGAUGUCUCCUCCAGCUUCUGACUCUGGUUCACCAGCAGGCUUUUCUCCUUAUUCAAUUGAUUCAGAGCCAGGAAGCCCAUUGCUGGAUGAUGCAAAGGUUAAAGAUGAACCUGACUCUCCAGCUGUUGCUCUGGGAAUGGUUGACCGUUCACGAAUGCUGCUUUGUGCUCUUACAUUCCUCUGCCUCUCCUUCAAUCCUUUAACUUCCCUACUGGAGGUCCAGAGGACAUCUGACUCUGAUGGCCCUGUACGUCAUGGUUCUGCAAGGAGUACACUGACGAUAGAUUCAGGUUCUGGUGGCUGGUUUGGCUGGAUGAUGCCCACUCUGAUCUUGUGGUUUGUGAAUGGUGUUAUUGUCUUGAGUGUAUUCAUAAAAUUGCUAGUGCAUGGAGAGCCAGUGACCCGGCUGCAUUCCCGCUCCUCUGUAACCUUUUGGCGGCAUCGGAAGCAGGCAGACCUGGACUUGGCCAAAGGAGAUUUUGCUGCUGCUGCAUCAAACUUAGAGACAUGCCUGUCUGCCUUGGGUCGAGCACUUCCCACCUCUCGUUUGGACCUGGCCUGCAGCCUGUCAUGGAAUGUUAUUCGCUACAGUCUGCAGAAGUUGGGACUAGUACGUUGGUUGCUGAAGAGGACAUCACAACAGAGACGCACAACAGAGGCUCCUGUGGGUUUUGAGGAUGAAGCCAAAACUAGUGCCCGGGAUGCAGCUUUAGCAUAUCAUAAGCUCCAUCAGCUCCAUAUAACAGGAAAGCUUCCAUCCAGUUCGGCAUACUCAGGACUGCACAUGGCCUUGUGUGCUGUGAAUCUGGCUGAAUGUGCAGAAGAGAAGAUUCCACCAAGCACUCUGGCAGAGAUUCACUUGACUGCUGCAGUAGGCCUGAAAACUCGCUGUGGUGGCAAACUGGGCUUCUUGGCGAGUUAUUUCUUAAGUCAAGCCCAGAGUGUGUGUAGUUCUGAGCGCAGUGCCAUCCCUGACUCCUUGCGUUGGCUAUGUCAUCCAUUAGGACAAAAGUUUUUUGUAGAGCGGAGCUGGACAGUGAAAGCUGCUGCUAAGGAUAAUCUGUACUGCACUCAGAGGAACCCAGCUGAUCCCAUUGCACAAGUGCACCAGGCAUUCUGUGAGAACCUGCUGGAGAGAGCUGUUGAGUCCCUUGUGAAACCUCAGAUUCCAAAGGUGACUGUAGGCCUUGAUGAGGAAGAGCCCUGUGAAUUCUCAAAUGCUUUGGAAUAUCUGAAGUUACUUAACUCUUUUGUGGACUCUUUGGGAAGUGGAACACCACCUUUCACUGGAAAUUCUGUGUUAAGGUCAGCGCUAGGUCCUGAUGUUGUCUGCAGGUGGUGGUCAUCAGCAAUCACAAUGACAAUCAGUUGGCUGAGGGGGGAUGAUGCUGCCGUGAGAUCCCAGUUUACCAGUGUGGAGCGAAUUCCUAAAUGCUUGGAGAUGAUGGAGAAUGCUCUUGUGAAAGCUGUCUUCCACGUGUGCAAAGCCAUGAAUGCUUCCUUGUCAAGUAAGGUAGAUGGGCAGCAGAGCUCCUUUGGCCACUGCGAGAGAGCCAGCACUCACCUUUGGAACCGCCUCAACAUGAGCAGUGGGGUCUCAAGUACAAGUCUUAACAAUAUGAUUCAGCUGCUGGCUUGUGACCUGUUGCUGUCUCUCCGUACCACUCUAUGGCAGAAACAAACAAAUUCCAGCCAAGCAAUAGGAGAAACCUACCAUGCUUCUGCUUCUGAACUGACGGGAUUCCAACGUGACCUUGGCAGCCUGCGCAAGCUGGCUCAUAGUUUCAGGCCUGCUUAUCGUAAGGUGUUCCUACAUGAGGCUACUGUGCGUUUAAUGGCAGGAGCCAGCCCCACACGCACUCAUCAGUUGCUGGAGCACAGUCUCAGGCGUAGAACUGCCCAGAGCACUAAACAAGGUGAACUGGAUGCUCUUCCUGGGCAGAGAGAGAGAGCUACAGCAAUUCUCUUAGCAUGCCGCCACCUGCCACUCUCAUUUCUGUCUUCACCUGGCCAGAGAGCUGUCCUGCUGGCAGAAGCAGCCCGCACAUUGGAGAAAGUUGGGGACAAGCGUUCCUGCAAUGACUGUCAGCAGAUGAUUGUGAAGCUGAGUGGUGGCACAGCCAUUGCAGCUUCCUAACCCUCGAGGACUAUGGCCUUAUCACCCAUUGAACUAGAUUCUUGGCCCAUUUAUACCUCCCCUCACCUUUUGAACACUAUUCCAGUUUAGGAUCAUGGAAGAUUAUGCUAGUCAGGGUAGGGGCUUGGUAUAAACCAGAUUUUCUGGCUAGUGGUUUGCUUCCAAGCCAGCUCACACAGGAGCCAGAAUGAUAUUGUUUCCACUGACAAAAAGCCUCUGAGAACUUGGAAAACAGAAACCCCUUAGAAGGGAGGUUGGCUUUGGCAAACAUACUUUUCUCUCUCUUUAAGACAAACUGCAACAAGAACAUGUUUUGAGGGUGGGAGCUGCUGGAUAGUGAGAAGAGGUGCCUUGAACCUUUUUAUUAGCAUCUGCAUUAUUAGCAUCUGCAUUGGCUCUUGAUCUGCUGGUCAGGUACCAUGUGCUUAGGGGAGGCCCAGGGAAAACAUGGCUGUAUUUAAUCUUGUUGGUUCUUAGUGGGCUGCAUUUUUUAACUGAAGCCUUUCUAUAGAUACUGCAUUCUUUGAGAGCUUGGAAAGGCAAGGCCAGCUCUCUUGAGGAAGUGCAUCACAAUUUUUAUGCCUUUUGUGUUUUUAUAGUAAUGUUUUAUGGCUUUACAGGCUGUGGGGACAACAAUUAGGUUUCUCUUCCCUUUUUCCUGUCUUUCAGCCCUUCUCUCUCUUUUCUGUCAGCUUACAACUGUAUUGGCAUUGAGUUAGGGAUUGAGUCUUUUUUCUGUGAUUUGUCUGAUGGAGAACAAGGAAAAUAGUGUCAGAGGCUAAGUGCUGAACUAGGUGUGACUUAAAGCAUCUGAUUCAAAAAUAUGUAUAGCAAAGCUGCAUCUCUUUGUUUUAAUAAACAGCUGGGAUGGAAGGAAUUUAAGGCCAUGGGGAUUUCCUCUCCAGUACUAUUUUAUUGCUAAAAUUCUCCCCUAUGAACACCAUUGUUUUCACUGUUUUUUAAUUAGAGCAAACAGUGGCUUUGGAAGGGGAUAUUUUUGGCAAGAAAUGAGUACAGAGAGAAGAGUUCUCUGCCUUUCCCUCUGUGGUCAAGGACCCUACAGUUGUUUUUUCUAACCUUAUGUGACUGAAGAACACUUUUGAAUCACAUGAUUAAAGUCAUCAACUAGUAUUACCUUGAAGAAACAGCAUAUUAAACAUCUCCUAAACAUAUUUGACUUUUUAUCCAUCCAAGAAUGUUUAGUACAACAUUCAACAGAAGAAGUGAUAGCUUCCAAAGUAAGUAAUCAUAGCUAUCUUCUCCUUCUCAAGAUUCUUCAAGGAAGCUGUAACUGUUACCAAACUUUUGAAAUUAUUUAUGUAGGUAGUACAAAGAUAGCCCUUGGCUUUGUGAAAGCAGAAUGGUUGUAGCUGAUGAUUAACCUGUAGCAGAACAGGUUCUAAGAAUCUUGUUUUUAACGUGAAUUGUUGUAGAUUUGAAGAGAUUAUAUGAGAGACAUGGCCAGAAGAGAAAACAUAUAGUGGCAACAGGAGAAAACAAAAGCAGGUUUGCAAGCCUUGGAGCUCCCUGAAAUACAAACUCAGUUAAAAAUGUGAGAGCACCAAAUAAGUGGUGCUUGUUUCUCUGACAAAGUCCACACAACAGUACAUUGCCCAUUAAUCCAUUCUGUUUGCUAAUGGCCAUUUUUUAUUACACAUCUGGACUCUGCCACAGGAGUUGGACUGUCCGCUUUUUUUUAAAAAAACAACUUUUAAGUCUCCUGUGGACAACUUUACAGGCAGGUAAAAGCCUGUAUAUCUGAAGAUACAUGCAAACCAGGAAAAAGGAGGUUUCAAAUCCUGCAACAGUUAUAUAAUGUCCAAAGUCACACUAAUAAGAUGCAUAUCUUAUUGAUAUCACAUGUUAAAACUUCACACAUGAAGUGAUGUGGAAAUAAAGGUACUUGCUAACUUCCAUUUUGAAGGACUUUCUCAAUCCUCCUCAGUUUCUUGGAUCUAAAAAAAGUGCAAUUUCAUGAAAAUUCCACCACCACCCCGUAGAUGCGAGUGGAUGCGUUCAAAAAGUUCCACUUUUGUGUUUGCCUCAUUUUGAUCCUGUACGUUCACAGUGAACAUUAACUUUCUGUGGGUUAUUUGGAAGCUGCUUUGUUAGUAUUGGGUCAUGACGAUCCAUUUUGUAUAAGUCACAUCAUAUGAUAAUGUGGAUCUUGGAAACAUAAGAAGCUGUCAUAGUGCAAGUGUGUGACUCGGGUGAGGAGUUAUUACAGGCACUAGUGGGCAGACUGAAGUUUGAGUACCACCACCCUUUUCUCUAAGGGGGCUUCCUAGUGAUGGUUUUUACAGCGAUGAUAGCAACAGAACAGGAAGGGUAACCAACUACCUCCGUGAAAAAACUGGUAGUAGCAUUGUUUAUUCCUAGACGUGCUGCACCACUAAUCAGGUAGAGUAGCAACAAUCAUCCCAGGAUUAAAAUGGUGUCUGUGUGAAUAGUAGAUGUUAGGUAAAUUAAUUAAGCAUGCCUAAUACUUCAAAGCCUUCUGUUUGGAAAGUUGAAGCUAACCAUAGAGAAUUAAUUAUUUGCUAGGCAGGUUUCCAGAUAAGUUAAUAUACACCAGAAUGCACCUCCUAGUGACCUUGUGGAGCAUUAGACAUCUCACAGUUAUCUAUGACAGUCAAAAUAACAAGCCAUUUAUGCAGUCAGUGAGGAGCAAAUGCUGCAGUCAAGAAUGAGCAUUGCAGUUUAGGAUAAAAGCUUCAUAUUUGUGCAGUAAUGGGCACUAAGGGCAGGAUUUUUUGCUUUUUAAAUUAUACUUGCGCAGAUGGAAACAUCUACAUAGAUGGGAACUUCACAAGGGAACAACCCUAAAUUUUGUUGUACUUCUGGCAUUUUUAUAUACCACAUUUAUUUAUGUGUUAGUUGUCUCCCAGUCUAUCCCUGUAUUAUUUUUGUGUAUAUAAUGUAACUUUUUGGGUUUUUUAAAAAUACGUAUAAAUAUAUAUAUGAUGUGAAAAGUGUCUAUUUAUCCAAUAAAAUUAGGCAUAGGGGGUGCUUUCCUGUAAGAUGAUGUAGCUGGUGAUGAUGUGAGGGCCCCCCAGUUCUAACCCUCUCAUGGGGACCAUUGUGUGACUUAUCAAAUAAAGACAAAUCGUACUCAA